GCCCGCGUAAAACUAUGCCACUGCCAUUUGGCUUCUCAGUACUCGCACACACAGUGCUUAAACGAGCCUAUCCAAGACCUCCACCAGGAUCAAGCUGAACACGACGACCUGCUCGGUGAUAGACCAUACACUAGGCCAAUUUAGCCUCGCUCAGUUGCGUGUAUUUCACCAGAAACACAGAAGAAGAAGAAACCUCUGAGACAACAUGGAAAAGAAUACAAAGUUGAAGAUCGCAUAUGUGGUGAUCCUAAUAGGCAUAGUGUGCAUGUUCACGGCCGUGGUGUCAGAUCACUGGGCUGUGUUAAGCCACAAGGUGAUCAGUGUAAAUAGUACCUGUGAGGCGGCACAUUUUGGUUUGUGGAGGAUUUGCAAGAAGAACAUUUACAUCGAGGAUCCUGAGACCGUGGGGCAAGGAUGUGGACCGCUCAGUCUGCCAGGAGAGGUCAACUGCUCCUACUUCCGACACUUCACUCCUGGAGAAAACUCGGAGAUAUUUGAGGUUAAAACACAGAGAGAGUACAACAUCUCAGCAGCAGCCAUUGCUGUUUUCAGCCUUGCCUUCAUUAUUCUGGGAUCUCUGUGCAUUCUGGGCUCUUUAAGGAAAGGCAAGGACUACCUCCACAAACCUGCUGGAAUGUUUUAUGCAUUUGCUGGCGUAUGUGCCAUCAUUUCUGUGGAGGUGAUGAGACAGUCAGUAAAGAGGAUGAUUGAGAGCGAGGAUACCAUCUGGAUUGAGUACUACUACUCCUGGUCCUUUGCAUGCGCCUGCACAGCGUGCGUUUUCCUUUUCGUCUGUGGGAUUGCCCUGCUUGUCCUCUCCAUGCCCUACAUGCCUAAGAAUCCAUGGGAGACCUGCAUGGAUGCAGAGCCUGAACAAAUUUAAUAAAAACCCGUCCAUGUGACAUUGUCAUUGUUCUGUUAGCCAUUACAGUCGUUGCAUGGAAACUUGGGGCUCAAACAAUCACAAUUGAUUUUGUUUCUCAUAAAGCUUUAGGAGGUGCCAGUGUUUCCUUUUAAUAUCAUGUUACCAGGGCAUUUGGGGUUUGAACCAACCUGAAAUAGUUUAUGACCCCUACCAGAUAGUUGGCUGUACUCUAUGCGUAGCCAUGCCAAAGUGCCAUUUAUUUGAUAUAUUUUCAGCGAAGGCAUUUUAUUUCCUCUGAUUAUUGUAUUAUUUAUGUGUCAAGAUUGGUUGAUGGUUAAGCAUGACAAAUUCUGAAUAUCGUUAUUAAACUAAAGUGCCACGCUUAUUAAUGAUAAUAAAAAAUUAUGCUUUAUUAAGUUUUUUCCCAAUAUUUACCCCAAAUGCACCUGAUGAUUAUUUCCUAGGUAUUCAACCACCAUAUACUACAGUCAGGUCAGUAAGGCGAAAUCCUUGCACUUGUGAUCAUGAGCUCGGUGUGAAACUUAAUGUAUUGUUGAUUUCACCCUGAAAGAACUUAAUUUCAAUGCUGCCUUAAAUGAACCAUUUUAUCUUCUAAUAUUAAAUUUAUGAAAACUGUUUUAUUAUGUUCUCUCUUUAUACACAGACCAUCUGUACCUAGGAUUGGGCUGUUAGGAGCUAAUAAGAAAAUAGAAGUAUUUUGCCUGUGUCUGAAUUAAGAAGUGUGUGACAAUGAUGCGAUUUUAAACUAAAUUGUCGUCGGCUAUUUAUUCCUACUUGAUAUAUGAAGCUGGGGGUUUACCCAGCUAGACAUGUCUGUACAAGUCCUCUAUGCUAGCCUUGUUUUGAGACACACUAGAUCUGUGUGUCUGCUUUCAGAUUCGAACAGAAUGUUAAUAUGCGGUUUGCCAUGGCCUCUGAAUGUCUGGAGUGCUUUCAGUUCUGGCAGGUGUGAACACAAAUGGCGUCUUUCAAGUUUCAAGUGUAAAAAAAAAAAAAAAAAAAAAAAAAGUAAGAAAAAGACAAAAAAAAAAAACACAGCUAGUUCUGUCAUUGCUGUGCCAACCCACCCUCACCUGCCCUGCAGUCAUCCACACACAUCCAACACUAAACACUUCCGGUUUGGAUCUUCAUUAUUUUUCAGCAUUCUUCACACACCAGGGAGACUUUGAAACUUUCUUAAUUCCGCCGGACCUGAAACUUAAAAGAUAUUUCAAAUGCAUGUUGCUUCUGGCCUAGUGAGCUGUAUAAACACAUUGCAGUGUAGCUAUGAACAUUUCGUGCAAGACUUUUACAUUAUACUGUAUGUUAGUGUUGUGUUAUGGAAGAGUGAAUAUUUCAUGAAUAUUUCUUUUACACUCUUGCACAGUUUGAUAAUUUUCCUGAUUUGGUACAUUUGAUUAUUUGUGAAUACUGUGUCCAUAGACAGAGCUUAUAUGACGGUAACAUUAAACCAGAUUAAUUUUCCACGAACUAUUAAGACCUGCUUCUUUUGUUUACAUGCAAAAGGAAAAUACCUUCAGGUUCUGACUUUCAGUUUCCAGGUUCUAAGAGCUGUGCUUAACCUUUUAAAGAUCUUCUUUAUAGCAUAAUAGAACUUUUUCAGGAGAGCCAUGCAGUUUAAAAUGUUAUUACUAAUUCCAUUUAUUAACUACUGAAAAUUGGUUUUUAAAAUGUAGCCUAUGUUAAUGAUGUGCAUGCAGAUAAACAGAUAUACUGUAGAAACGUACUGUAUUUCACCCUUCUGUAUGCGCCACUCUGAAUCUGUUCAGAUGUACAUUAUGCAUCUUAUGACUUUUUAUUGGAAAAUAAAUGCAGUUAAUGAGA